AUGGGGGCUCUUACCCUCAAUGAUGAUCAUCAUGGGGUAGCACGAAUGCAGAAUAACAAACCUACCCCUGUAUUCUGCUCCAGUCUACCAUGCGUGACUGCUUUAUUGACAGAAACCAUUAUAUUAAUUAUUUGCAUCAUGCAUAUAUUUGAUGAGAAAGCUGAGGAAGAAACGGAUUCUAGUGCUGCAAUGGAACCAAUAAUGAGUCUUGAGAUAGAGGAAAAGGAAGAUAAGCAGCGAAAGCGAGUUGGUGGGAAAAAGAUUUGUGGGAGGAGCUGGAAUGAAUCGAAGAAAAUGUGGGAGAUUGCAGCUCCGGCUAUACUUACAGCGGUAGCUCAGUUUUCUUUCGAGUUUGUCACGGCUGCAUUCAUCGGCCAUUUGGGGGAAGUCGAGCUUGCUGCUGUCUCCGUUGUGCAAAAUGUCAUUGAAGGCUUUGUAUAUGGAAUAAUGCUAGGAAUGGGAAGUGCCCUUGAGACCCUCUGUGGUCAGGCUGUUGGAGCAGGACAAUUUGAAAUGCUUGGGGUGUACAUGCAGAGAUCCUGCAUAAUUACUUUAGUUACUGCAUUGCUGUUAUCACCGUUUUACAUCUUCACAGCACCAUUGCUAAAGCUGCUUCACCAAGAUCCAAGAAUUUCCCAUCUUGCCGGGAAGUAUGCACUGUGGGUGAUUCCUCAAUUGUUUGCAUAUGCAUUGAACUUCCCGAUACAGAAGUUUCUUCAAGGUCAAAGCAAAAUAUGGGUCAUGACGAUAAUUUCAUUGGUGAUGUUGGGAAUUCAUGUUCUGUUGAAUUGGAUUUUUGUGACGAUGCUUGGGCAUGGCCUGCUUGGUGCGGCUGUUGCUGGAAACAUCUCUUGGUGGCUUAUGGUAUUGGCUCAGAUAAUAUACGUCGUCGGAGGGUUUUUCCCUGAAGCAUGGACCGGAUUUUCUUCAUUAGCAUUCAAACAACUUGCUUCUUUCGUCAAGUUCUCUCUUGCAUCAGCUAUCAUGCUAUGCUUGGAGCUUUGGUAUUUUACUGUAGUGAUCCUUAUGGUAGGCUGGUUAAAGAAUCCGGAAAUUGCAGUAGAUGCUGUAUCAAUCUGCAUGAACUUGCAACUAUGGACGUUGAUGAUCACUCUAGGUUUCAAUGCAGCCGUUAGCGUACGUGUUUCAAAUGAACUUGGAGCUGGACGCCCAAAAGCUGCAAAAUUCUCAACCGUGGUGGCCGUCACCACAUCCACGAUAUUUGGGAUAAUUUUCACGGUCAUAAUUCUUGCAACUAAGGGACAGUUCCCCAGGAUCUUUUCUGACAAACCUGAGGUCAUAAGGGAGACAUCCAAGUUAGGCUAUUUCCUAGCAGCAACAGUCUUCCUCAAUAGCAUCCAACCUGUGCUUCAUGGAGUGGCAGUUGGAGCAGGGUGGCAGUUUUCAGUGGCACUGGUGAACGUUGGGUGUUACUACGUAUUUGGCCUUCCUUUCGGUGCCUUGCUGGGUUACAAAUUCAAACUCGGCGUAAAAGGCAUCUGGGCAGGGAUGUUAGCCGGUUGCCUGCUUCAAACAGUCAUUUUGGUUGUGAACGUUUUCCGGGCUAACUGGAGCAACGAGGCAUUGCAAGCAGAAGAGCGGGUGAGGUCGUAUGCAGUAACGCCGCUGCCCCAAGAUGAGAUUGACGCAAUUGAGAUGUUGGAUGCUCCGACUUCCUGCUAAUGCUCAAAGUCUUUUAGGUGCAGCUCUAAUGGUCUUCCUUCCAACUUGUAUAAUCUCCCUUGAUUCCAUUGCUUGGAUCCUCUUUCCUCUAGGCUUCAGUAGCAGGGUUUCUUCGGGCCCAACUUAUCAUUAUUAUUUUGUUUCCACGUCUCCUUCACUGAAAAUACUCUCUGAGUUUUGUAGCCGGAGUCGGUCGAAGACUUUUAAA